AUGGAGCUCUGUUUUCAAUACUUCCAUCAGAUUGAGACGCAAAGCAGCAGAGAGGAGAUGAUCUUCCUAGUUGUUAUCAUGGCUCCUACUAGAAAGUUUAAGUCCAGGGCGCAGAAAAGAAAAGAGAAAGAGAGGAGAGAAGCUUUACAUAAAACUCAAGUUGGUUCUCUUAAUAAGUAUUUUAAUAGCAACAAAGAAGAGGCAUGUCAAGUUGUGAAUGAGAAUACAAGUGAGGAACCAGAGCAGGUGGUGAAUGAUCAUCAUAUUGAAGAGGCAGAAGAGCUAAAUCAAUCAGAGAAUGAGGAAAAUAAUGAAAUUCUCAAUGAAGAUGUUCACACUGCAGAGUCAAAUCAGUCAGAGAAUGAGGAAAUUAAUGACAUUAUCAAUGAAGAUGUUCACACUACAAAUUCAACUGAGGAAAUUCUUUUUGACAUGGAUGAUCCAGGGAAUUGGAAUAGGACAUACCAAAAUAUUACAGAUUUCUUGGUUGAAAGAGGCCCAAAAAGAGACAAUAAUGUCAUCUUUCCGAAAGAUAAAUGUGACAGAUGUUUUUCCUCAAAGCAUUACUUCAGAGAAUUACCAAAUGGAGAGAAGCAAGAAAGAAAGUGGCUGGUAUAUUCUGUUUCUUUGGAUAAAGUUUUUUGCUUUUGUUGUAAAUUGUUUGCAAAGAAACAUCUUGUGGGGCAAUUAGCUGAUGAAGGUGCGAAUGAUUGGCACAAUAUUUCUGAUCGACUUAAAAGUCAUGAAAGAAGUAGGUAUCACAUUGGCUCAAUGACAAGUUGGAUGGAGUUGGCAAAAAGGCUGAAAUUGAAGUUAACAAUUGAUGCAAGUGAGGUGAAAAGCUCAAUUAUUAGUAGAAUCAAAGAAGCCAAAUAUUUUUCAGUUAUACUUGACUGUACUCCAGAUUCAAGUAAUGAGGAACAGAUGUCUCUUGUAUUAAGAAGUGUCAAUGUUUCGGCUACUCCUAUUGUGGUUGAAGAAUAUUUUCUAGAAUUCUUAAAGGUAGCUGACACAUCAGGUCUUGGACUGCUUAAUGAACUUCUAACUGCAUUGAAGACUCUUGGACUUGAUGUUAAUGAUAUAAGAGGUCAGGGGUAUGACAAUGGAUCCAACAUGAAAGGAAAAAACAAAGGUGUGCAAAGUAGACUACUUGAAAUAAAUCCAAAAGCAUUUUACACACCUUGUGCUUGUCAUUCUCUAAAUCUUGUGCUUUCUGAUAUGGCCCAUUGUUGUCCCAAAGCCGAGUCUUUUUUUGGUGUAAUACAACGAAUCUAUUCCUUGUUUUCAACUUCUACAAAGAGAUGGCAGGUUUUUACAAAGCAUGUGACAGGUCUUACCGUUAAGCCAUUAUCAGAAACUCGUUGGGAAAGUCGUGUGGAGAGUGUUAAAGCAAUUAGGUAUCAAGCUCCAGAAAUAAGAGAGGCUUUGAUGCACUUGGUGAACGGUAAAGAAGAUGCAAAGACAAAAAGUGAUGCUGAGACUUUAGCAACAUAUAAUCUUCAGAAUUUUGAGUUCUUGUUCGGUAUGAUUAUAUGGUAUGAAUUGUUACAUGUUGUUAACAAUGUCAGCAAAGUUCUGCAAACUGAAGAUAUGCAUGUUGAUACUGCCAUCAAAGAAUUGGAACGUCUUCUUUCCUUUCUUCAAAAGUUUAGAGAAACCGGAUUUGAGGAGUCCUUGAUUGAAGCUAAAGAGAUUGCAAGUGAGAUGGGGAUUGAACCGGUAUUCAUGAAAAAAUGGACAAUUCACAAAAAGAGACAAUUUGAUGAAAGCUCUAGCGAAGCGGUGACACAAUCAGCUGCAUAA